GUCCUCAAAAGUGAGCAUAGCAAGAGAAAAAACGCUUCAUUUCAAAAGUUUCUCCCAAUCAAAAGAAAGAUAGGACUUUUAGUUCUUCCCACCAGCGUCUUGGAGAAGAUCUUGAGAGAAUUGUUGGUUCCCCAGACACACAUAAUGCCAGUUAUUAUCCGAGAAAAGGCUAGUAGGGCCGAACCCCCAUUGUUGCAUUAUGGGUACCAAUGGAGUGAGGCACGUCAAGAGGAAUACGAACUACAUCAUCUUCCCCAAAAUAUGGAAGAUAAAUUUGUACGAAUAUCUUGGGCUGCAGCUCCUACAAAGCAGGAGGCUGAACUUAUUGAAGCUGGGUAUAAUCAGCUUAAAAGCAUAACUAGGACAGGUCGGGAAAUCCAAGGCUUCAUUCAUGAUCGUAAGGGCUAUGGUAUUCAAGUCAUUCACAGAUCGAAAAUAAAUCUUACCGCAAUAUCAGGAGUUGCUAUCCUACGUUCUUGCAGACGUCUUCAUAAAUUGGGAGUUGCCGUACUUUAUGGAGAAAACUCUUUUCUUUUCGACACACGCGGUUCUCCAAGCUUUACCGGACCUCAAAGUGUUGUUACCAUGGACCAGCUCUCGCAUGAAUACGAUGAGAUCCCAGGCCAUCGACGCAGGGAUGGAACCAUGCCAACUGCAGAACAGAUUUCUCACUCCGUUGAUAUGAUCUUCCAACAGGAUCAAGACAAAUUGAAAUAUGCUCACAAAGAUAUAGCAAAAAACGAACAGAAAUCUAAGUUCAUUUACCAGGACCCAUUUACUAGAUUCCUGAUGGAAAUUGGUCGGAGUAAUGCCUCAAAGCUUACCAAAAUUGUCAUUCAGGGAAAAUUCAACUGGAUCAUCGGUAAAUGGCAAUACACAAAGUCCAUCCCAGUCGGACUUCAUGAUCUUCUUCCGGUAUAUACUAUCAUAUUUAAAGAGGUCUGUCAAAGCAUGCAUACCCUAAUCUUACACGAUGACGAUCGGGGCUAUCCCCAAAUGAGCCGGCUAGAUUCGCGAGGUACUGAUAGGAAUCAGCAAAUAAAUGAGUCUGUCGAGAGACUUGUUCAUGCGCUUCCAUAUCUUCAGAAACUGCAAUUGGGCCAAUAUGAGUUCGUACCAGCCGGGUGUGGAUACGAUCCAGGUACUCCUGGUAGUCAAAUCAUACAAUCUGUGCUUCCAGAAGAUGAGUGGGGAAUGGCUUUGAAAUGGGUGGGAUUUGUUGAACAGCGUGCCAAGAGCCGCGCACUGGUAGAACCAGAAUGUGAAGAGAAAAAGUAGUAUAGGGGAGAAUCACAGAGUUGAUGAUUUCAUGAUAGUGUAAAUCUUCUCGCAUAUUUGCAGUACUCGAUAAUAUAAAAAUACUGUAACUUUGAUUACACAGUUUCA